CCUUGCGGCCAGCGAUUGGGAGAGAGGGUCCGUACUUGAGCUGCCAAUCAUGCUCCGUGCUGUGCGCCUCGCGUUCAACGCUGCUCUCUGCGACGCGCUGAGUGCGGAGCGAGGAGACGCGCUGCAUACCAACAGAGCUACAUACGGAGCGGCUCGGUUUUUUGGCCAGGACGCACAGAGUCUAACCCUCUCUCUGAGAAAAAGAAACACAAUAAAUCAGAUUAUCGGAAGGUUUGAACGCUUACCAUUUGAUUCGCAUGCGUUUUUAGAGAGAAUCUGCACUGUUUUUCAAGGAACUGAGAGCCAAACUAAGUCUGCAUGGGAUAUUUGGGUUUUCUGCUGUAAUAUUUUUCUGGCUGAGAGACAUUAAAAAAUCCCACUCUCUCUCUUUUCCUAUCUGUUCUCUCUGUCUAACGGGACUUCUUAAAAGAAAGAAAACAAGUCGAAUGUAGAAGAGCUGGACUAUUUCUGCUGACAUUCAUCCAGUUUGUCGUUUUUACAAACAACAUUCCCGCAGCAGUUCCAUAAGGGAGGAAUACCGUUACAUUUGUGCAGAAAAUCAAUCAGAACUCCAUCAUGGGCUGCCCUGUAUUGCGGAACGCAUUGGCUGGUCUGAUCCUGGUUCUGCUGUCUAAAGGGUCCAGUGUGCUAGGAGCAGAAUUCGGACACCUGCCGGACAACAUCACAGUGCUGGAGGGCGAAAGCGUCUCUUUGAGAUGUCGGAUCGACGAGGAGGUGACCCACAAAGCUUGGUUGAACCGCUCAAACAUCCUUUAUGCGGGAACGGAUAAGUGGUCACUGGACAAGCGAGUGACGCUGGUCAACACCAGCAACAGAGAAUUUUCUAUUCACAUCGACAAGGUGCAAGUAACGGACGAGGGACUGUACACCUGCACAUUUCAAGCCAACAACAAACCCCGCAUCGCCCAUGUCUACCUCAUAGUCCAAGUGCCAGCAAGAAUCGUAAACAUCUCAAAAAGCGUGUCAGUGAAUGAGGGAGAGAACGUAAACCUUUAUUGUCUGGCUAUUGGCCGGCCCGAGCCCACUGUCACUUGGAAGGACCAGAAAUAUGGGCUGGUGAGCGAGGGAGAGUUCUUGGACAUCACGGAGAUCAAGAGGCAGCAGGCUGAGGACUAUGAAUGCAUCACCCACAAUGGCGUGGCUCCACCUGACCAGCAAAAGGUCAGAGUCACGGUAAACUACCCUCCAAUGAUCACAGACAUGAAGAACAUGCCUGCAAACCUGGGGAAGACAGCUAUCUUGAGAUGCGAUGCAAUGGCAGUUCCACCAGCCACAUUUGAAUGGUACAGAGAAGAUCAUAGGCCAGUAGAGAAUGACAACACCUUGAGGAUCAAAAACGAGAAGACGCGCUCGCUGUUGCUGUUCACCAACGUGACAGAGAAGCAUUUUGGCAACUACACUUGCUUCGCUUCAAACCGUCUGGGUGCUUCCAACGCCAGUAUGCUGCUGUUUCGACCAGGAGCUCUCCAGGGGCGAGGGGCCGGUUUACAUGCUAGAAUGAGAGCCAGCCUGUGCGUUUGGGUUUCCCUCGCUGCUGUUCUUCUGGUGAAAGUGUGAAGCUCUGUUUGUUGGACUCGUCCUCAAACGUUCCCUGAAAGCCCCAUUUCUUCCUCUGCUCCCUCUGUCUCUCCUCCCUCCCUCCUCUCAACGGAAGGAAAACGGAAAUGAAAUUCUUUAAUUACGAACCCAUCACUGUGAACAAAAAGAAUAUGCAUUAUUUCAGGAGCCAUUGAAUCACUGCAUCAAACACGACUACUCCCUUGAACCCCUCCCCUACACAGCCUCAAUUCGAUUAUGAAUUCAACUUUGUCACAAUAUCCCUUUCUUCUGUUUCUCUUUCACGCAUACAAUUUGUCCUUUUAGCCUUGCAGACUCGUCUGACUUGGUACUUCCCUUCUCCACCCUUUGUUUUCCCCCAUUACUCACACUGAGGUGAGGUUGAUGGAAAGUGUAUAUUAACGACCACGGCGACAAAUAAGAAAAUAGAUAAUCUAACAACUGUAUGGUCAUUUAUGUAAGAUAAAACACAGACUAUUGACUGACCAACAAUGUUUGCCUUAUGGAAAUAAUACAUGAAAUCACAAUAUUUUGGUGGUUAUUUAUGGAAAUGAUAGUUAUGAUGUGAUACUGGCUGUCAUGUGAAAUUUCACCCUAUGAUCACACACUUAAACCAAGUGACAACACUUGUAUGUUUUUUUAUUUUACCAGUGUAGCAGUGAAGCUGCUAUGAAUGAUGUCAAAAUGUAUAAAAAAAAAAGGAUGGGUGGUGAUGGCGUCAGUCAGUCCCCUUCAUGUAAUUCGGGGAGGUUUAUACUAAGUUUUCGCAUGUAGCCCUCACUACCCAGACCUUUUUUAAGCCCCCCCACCCUCCUUGCCUCUCUGUUAAAAGUGCUUUGUCUAGUUGCCCUUCAUAUUGCUGUAGUGUUCCCAGCUGUGCGUCGCCCCCACAACCAUUGUCCUCCCGCUUUUCAUUCCUGCACUGUAAAUAAACGCAGUACAGAGGCCAUGCUGGCGACAUCAGGUUGCCCCUCACAAGAUCUUCUGUAAGCCUUGACUACACUUAAGUCUUCUGAAGCAGCAAGAGACUGUCUAUUGACAAAAAAUAUCUUCUGUUUCAAAGCUUCUGCUCCAUCCUCUUUGUCGCUUGUUGAUAGCAUGUACUGGUUAGAGAUGUUCCCGUUGUGAGUCCAUAUGCUCCCUGCACUGUGUCUGCUUUUUCUCUGCAAGGUUAGCUGCUUUUACUUUUUUGGUGUUAAUACUACUACUACUUCUGAUGAUGAUGAUGAUGAUGAUGUUAAUAAGUAUUUGAAUAACUCUAAAUAGUAAUUCCAUGUAAGGAAAAAAAAAUGAACAAAAUAUGAUGGUAAGUUGUGCGUGGGGGAAAAAAAGACACGUUUUCUACUUUGCUCACACACAUCGAAUGACUUCAAUGAAGAUAAAAAAAAAACAGAACAAAAAAAUGUGUAAAGUUUUUGAAGUGAUGUGGUCUAUUUUGUCAUGGCAAGCUUUUUAAAAUCACAUUUGAAACAGUUCGAUGGGGUCAUUUCAUUCAGGCCCUGAAGCGGUGGCUGGUGAUGUAAUUUAUAAUUUGGAACAGUUUAUGUAUUUGACUUUUCUGUCAUGCUUUUAACUGCAUCAAACACACAUUUACAGCACAUCUGUCCGCUUGUCUUGGUGUGUCCUUUACCGACCAGCUAGAUAAAUGAUUUGGAUCCAUGUCGGUCCCUGGCUAUGGCUGUAAGUCAGUUCUUGUUCUGCCAGACCACGGGGAGAUAAAGAUGUAAUUAGCCAUUACCUGUGGCUGGCUAAGCGAAGGAGCCCGGGCUCCACCUGUCCUUUCCAUCGCUCAGUUAUGGCCCCUAUAAAUCAAGCUCAACGCUGCCACUGACAGGAAUCCUCUUCAAGGACAAAUCUCACCUUAGUGCACCACUAUUCCCUCCAGUGUGUACCUGUGACAAAAAAAAAACCCUGUACAGCACAAACAGUGAGAGGAAAUCCCGUAUUUGAUCAUGGCUGCACCCAUUUAUUUUGUUCAGCUCACAUUCAAAGACUAUAUGCAAAUUUGCCAUAGCAAGUGCGCACCGAGGGAUGAGGUUACCCCAGCUGAACCCUGACUCCUAAAACACAACAGGGGAAUUACUCAAUACUGAAUCAAAUGUGUGAAUGUGUUUUUGUGUUGUUUCUUUUGGGUUUUUUUUUUUCUUUUUCAAAUCAGCAAUAACCCCUAAGUUUACUGUGCAAGAGAUUUCCAUCAUGGUCAAAUCUGUGGUGUAAUUUCAGAAAUGAUCUGCCAUUAAUAAGCUCUAUCAAAAGUCUGUUGUUGUACUUUUACUGUGUACAGUCCUCUGAAAUGAUUGUGAAGCUCCGUUUAAAUGGCCCUUAAUCUAGAAAACUACAUGUCGUUUCCUCUGCGAUGUAUUUGGGUGUUAAAGAACACAUUUUGUGCAUGCAACUACUUGCUCCCAAAACAAUGAUGGAUUCCAUUUCAAGCACAAUAGCAGGUUGUUUGUUCUGUAAAUCUUUUAUUGCCAUAUUUUCAAACCCUUAUUGCCUUUUAUUACAUUUUUAUUUUAUUUAGAUUAACAUAUUGUCCCAUGUCAGCUUUCCACUGAGGGUUUUUAGUGGUCCUUAACAUCUGUAUGUACAUAAUCUGUUGUUGAUAAAGAUAAAAUGAAGAUAUAAAAAACUGUGGACAAAAAAACAACAUACUGUCAUGUUUGUCAGCGUGUGUUUGAAAAUAGCAUGUCAGUAUUUGUGUGGGUGAAUUUUGAAAAAAUAUAUAUAAUUGUGUCUGUUAUGUUCAUGUUUAAUGGUGAAAGGUCUUAAAAGGGGUAUUGGUUGAAAACUGAUUCAAAGCAAUUGUAUAGUCAGUUUUUUCAUUGUACCAUAGUACAUCUCUCUUUACAAGUUAUUUGGCUUCACAACUUGGAAACCUAACUUGACUUACUUUAAAUUUUUUUCAGUUCUCCGUUGAUUCAAAUAGGAAUUUGUUACCAUUCUUCUAGAUUUUUAAGUCAUUUUACCACAUUUACCCGGAUACAUUGGAUUUAAGAAGUAAGAAACUAAGGUGUCAUUAGCGGGUGAUAUCUUGCAGGAGUGACAUUUAGUCAUGCCAACAGCAAGUGGCUGUUUUGAUAUCUUUCAGUUGGAGAGUUUGACUUUUUACGGCACUAGUGGCCUUUAUUUUUCUAAUUAUUUCAACAAUAAAGGUGUAGAGAAAGCUUUUAAAAAUAAACGCUUUGGAAAAGUUAUGAGCAGUUGAAAUAUUUGAGUAGAUAAUUUUUUGAACAUCUUAGUUUGGAAAAACAGAGAUUAUGGCUCCAAUCCUCAUUUCUCCCAUGCUAAAACAAUUUUAAUCAUUAACAUUUCAUGCCAUUUUGAAUUUAUAAAUCCCUACACCGCUGUCACAUUUACUAUAAACUCUGCAGUUAUUUUCAUUGAAGAUCAAGGUUUGCAGUCCAUUAACCAAAAUGCUCCAUGGGAAAUAAUAGUUGGAAAAUAGAAUGUCUGAAGUAAGGCCAAAUCAGACUUAGAUCUGAUGUCUUGCUGUGGAUCACUCUCUGAAUGUUUUAGUGUAGUAAAACAGGGAUUAUGCAAAGCUAACAGCUAGUACCAAAGGCAGUUUUGACACCUUUCAACUGGCUAGUUUGGAUUUUUCUGGACUGUCUUGAGACGAACAGUCAUUAUCUUGCAGGAGAGUUCUCUGCAUGUCCUAUUUCAGGCGAAACUGUAGAAUUAGCUAUUCAUUGUGUGAAUUAGAAUUCAUAAACUUUUACACUCCUGACAUCUUUAUUUUAUUUAUUGACACCAGAGAUCUGGGAGGUUUGUGGGCUAUCGGCCAAAAUGUUUUAAUCCCGUACUGGAAAGAGAAACGUGUUAAGAAUGCUUCGCAAGACUAACUGGUGGAUAAAGUAACAAAGUAUAAAAAUCAAUAAUCAAAUCAUUGUUUGUUGUUGCUUUUACACCACAAGAAGUCAUAAAAUCUUUGGGACUAGAGUUGUUUUGCCAAUAAAGUGUUUUCACAUCC